GUGGUUUUAUUGGUAUUGUCAACAAUGUUGAUUCAAGCAAUACAAUCAACUGAAUCUUUUUUCUCUUAUCCUCAAGCUGAUAAUAUCGCUGAAUCAACAACACUAUCAAGCCAUUUUUGUGAAUCAGCGUUUUUUCAUCCCUAUACAUGUACUUACAUUAAAGUAUCAUCAGUGUUCUCUCACAGGUCUAUCCACGUGAUCGAGGCACUUUUAUCAUUACUAUCACUGAUUCUGAACACAUGCACAACUGUUAUAACGCAAAACGCAAUACCAAUAGCAAUUGCGCAACGGCGAGUAAUGGUAUUCAUUCAUUUAUUCGCUUUUAUGGCGACAAAUUACGCACUUCUGGCUGGCUUUCAAUUGGCUCGUAACGUUUUCUUGUUAUUUUCACUGCGUAAUCCAUGUAUGACUAGUGUAACAACAGUCAAUUGUAAACUAGAGCAAUUCCCGUUGCUGUUUUGUUAUAUCCAUUGUGGUGCACUCGUUCUUGCACUUUCCGUACAAACCACACAUCCAUUACGUGUUAAUGAAGCAAGUGAUUGUACAUGUUUAUCGCUAUUGUACGUUUACAGUGAAGAGCGAAGACUGUUAUCGUGGUUCAGUUCGUGCUCAAUAUGGCAAUCUGCAUUGGUGAUCCUUUGUUUAGCCGUAACACUACUGUUUACAGCGUUCGACAACGAUUCACCAAGUGGCAUUCUUGCACAGUGUUCAGCGAUAAUGGCGAUACGUGAACGUCAGUUGGGUUUUUGGCUGAUUAGCAUAUUGAUCUCGAUGCAUGGCAUCGCACUAGUCAUCGUCUAUCUAGCAACUUAUUUUCAGUUUCGAAUCGGUUCAACUCGUUUAUUACUUACGUAUUCAUUUAAGAUAGUCGUAUCAAUUGAAACAUUUCUAUGGGAAAUGGCAUUAUUUUUGACGGGUGUAUUAGCAGUUUAUCAGUAUGUUGCGAAUUAUGUUUGUAAAGAGUGUUUACUAGCGUGUUUGGAAAUGUCAUUUGUAUUGAUGCCAUUAUUAAUAUCAUUUCUACAUCCACUUCUGAUCGUAUGGAAUGUGUUACCGUUACGAGACGCAGCCGUACGUGUAUUUCCAUCGUUGACUGCAAUCGUACCUGAGUAUUCAUUCGUUUCACCGCCAUCCACCGGUUUACUGCAACCAUCUACUUUUCGUAUGCAAUCAUCACCGUAUACAGAUAGAGAAUCUUUGAAAAAGCCAUUGAUUUUGGGUGAGGGUGAAUUAUCACCGAAGAAGCAUCUACAUUCAACACAACCAUCAACAUCCUCAAACAAAUGUGACGCAUGA